CUAUCACGUGACAAUCAAAAUGACAAAAUGGCAGAUGGUCGUGGCAAACAAUCAAGAUCAGCUGUCAAUAACUGCUCAGCAGAUCUGAUUGGACAAGACGACUUUGUCGUAAACGAUAUUUCACAGCAAACAUUCAUUCAACAGAAAAAUAAUACAGAUACUUUAACAUCCGAGUGGCGCGAUUUAGAAAAUGAAAAUAAUUCUGAAUUGCAUGGGAAUUUUGAUGUGGGUGGGGUAAGUUGCGACAAGGAAGAUAAAGGGUGUCUUGAACUUGAUAGCAAUAAAAGCGAUUCAUCUAGAUUCCUGCCUCGUCUAGUGUUUUUGGAUUCUGAUGAAAAUAUACCUGGAAAAACUGACAAUUCAGUAUUGAGUGAUAGUUACAUGAACAAGACAAUUUAUCGGGGAGAAAGAUCAGCAAGUGACACCGCUGUAUUGAAGAAAGAUGGAUUAUCAUUUAGAAACAAUCAUUUGUCGGAAGAUAAUAAACUGAAGAAUCAUUUAUCGGAUGAUAAUAAAUUGAAAUAUUUAAUAGAUGAGAACACAGAUCCCCUUUUACAAAGUCAAAACUCUUAUAUAUCACAACGGUCUUCAGACUCUGAUUUGAUCGCAGACCAUACUAUGCCGACUGAACAUGAACUUGCUCAAGUUGGAGAGGAGGACUUUGAGCAGUUUUUAAUGGAGCAUACAGAGGGAGACCCGAAUUUAGAAGACUGGCAUUGCCAUUCCACAACUGCAAAGAUUCCACAGGAUAAAGUGGCAAGGAAUCAAUUAAUUGCUGUUUCCGUUUUGUGUUUUCUGUUCAUGGUUGGAGAGGCCAUUGGUGGAGCAUUAUCGAACAGUCUAGCAUUAUUCACAGAUGUUCUUCAUCUAGGUAGUGAUCUGAUCAGUUUUCUCAUGAGUCUUUUGUCCAUGUAUCUUGCUAAAAAACAUGCAACUCGCAACAUGUCAUUUGGAUACCAUAGAGCAGAGGUGCUAGGAGCUUUAUUCAGUGUGUUCAUCAUUUGGUCAGUGACCGGAGUUCUGGUGUACGUGGCAAUAGAAAGAAUUGUAAAGGAACAUUAUAAAGACGUGAAGCCUGAUGAAAUGUUAAUAACAGCAGUAUUAGGUGUAGUUUUCAAUAUUAUAAUGGGCAUUGUGUUACAUUCAGAGUUAUGUUGUGGAAAGUCUGGUUCCCGACCCAGUUUUGGUCAUGGGCAUAGCCACGGACAUGGGCAUAGCCACGGGAACGGGCAUUCUCAUGACUCUCAUUCUAGUCAUACAAGUGACAAUGGCUAUCAGAGGGCACAAAGCCACAGACAUUCCAAUACUGAUGGAGGGAGAAGAGGGGACUAUGAACCGUUACUUCCAGAUGAAGAAAAUCUACAAAUGGGAGGAGAAGAAGAUCUAAGAAAUCCAAGUUUAACUGAGUCAGAAAAGACUGAAAAACCUCAUCCGAAAAAUAUCAAUGUUAGGGCAGCUUUUAUACAUGUGAUAGGUGAUAUUAUACAGAGUAUGGGAGUUUUGUUGGCCUCGAUCAUAAUCAAGUUAAAGCCAGAAGAAAAAUACCGCUUAGCAGAUCCUAUAUGUACAUUCCUGUUCUCUAUACUUGUUCUAUUUACGACUGUAACUGUAUUGAGGGACACUCUCAGAAUUAUUAUGGAAGGGGUACCUCGUGACACAAAUUACUUCUCAAUAAAACAGAGUUUACAGAAGAUUAUGGGUGUUAAAGCUGUACAUGGUCUCACUGUGUGGUGUCUAACAUUAGAGAAAAAUGCUCUUGCUGUUCAUUUAGCUAUAGACAAGACAGUGACUCAUCAGAAAGUGCUGUAUGAAGCAUCCCAGGUGCUAAAAGAUCGAUACAACCUUGUUCAUACAACUAUACAAAUUGAGGACUAUAAACCGGACAUUAUGACUAGAUGUUAUUCCUGCCAGGAACUCAAGAAAUAGCAUCCGCCUGCUUAGCUAAAUAGGGAGAGGGCUGAAGUCAUGAGUUCGAUCCUUGGGUGGGCGAUAUGUUCUCCAUGAUGACUUGAUAAAAGACAUUGUGUCUGAAAUCAUUCGUCCUCCGCCUCUGAUUCAUGUAGGAAAGUUGGCAGUUACUUGCUAAGAACAGGUUUGUACUGGUACAGAAUCCAGGAACACUGGUUAGGGUGACUGCCCGCUGUUUUAUAACUGAAAUACUGUAGAAAAAAUGACAUUAAACCCAUAACAAACAAACAAACAAACAAGAAAUAGUUUCCAUGACAGUAUACUACACGAAUGCCUGUUAAGGCAGAUCAGCCCCAGAUUUACAUCAACUUUAUUGAAAUUGAGAAAUUAGUUUCUUAAUUAUGUUAGUAAUUGUAAAAAGAUAUUGAGCAUUGUUUGUUUCCUUGAGUUUAAGAAGACAGUGUUUUAACAAGUAAAAGUAUUUAUUUUUAUAAAAAUUCUGUUGUAUUCAAAUAAGCACAUGUUGUAAAGCUCUUUGCCCUGUUAUAGUAUAAAUUAGUCGGAUUUUAUAACAGUUGCUUACACACAAUGUAGCAGCUCGAACAGAACUUAUUUAUGAUUUUUCAUAAUGUGAGAUUUAUGUCUUUUGUGAUAUUUUGACACAAAUCUUGAGACAAGUGUCUUUUAAAAGGUUUGUUUUAUAGUCUCUUUGUAAGAGAUGCAGAUGCUUUGUAUCCGUCUUGCCAAAAAACAGUGUUUCAGUGGUCGAUACCAGCCUUACUUCCAGCAUUGAUUGUUGUUUUCCAUUCCAUAUCGGUAAACAUUUUGUUUACACUGAGAAAUCGUUUUCAGUUCAAACUCGAUAUCUCAAACUCGCUGGUCACAAAAUGCUUGCUAUCUCGAAGACAUUUUCCAGUUCCGCUCCAAAAACAGGUGCACAAAAUACCAUAUUUUAAGUCGAAUUAUGUCUCCCCCAUAUAUGGGAAACAUACUGUUUUUGCCUUCCUUCUGUCUGUCUGUCCGCAGAAAGCUUGUCCGGCUUUCACAGGUCAAACUGCUGGCAAGAUUUCAACGAAACUUCACAGGAGUGAUAAGUACCAAGCCUAGUUGAGCAUUUUGCCGGCACAUUCCACUUCGUUCACAAAAUGGCCACCAGAGCUAAAAAUAGAAAAAUUUUGUCCAGCUUUCACAGGUCAAACUGCUGGCUGGAUUUCGACGAAACUUCACAGGAGUGAUCAGUACCAAGCCUAGUUGUGCAUAUCGCCGACACAUUCCCCUUCGCUGCACAAAAUGGCCACCAGAGCUAAAGGUAUACAUAGGGAGAGACAUACGUUUUUGUGAAAAAAACACCUUCUGGUUUUGGUUAUCUUGAAGUAAAAUGUUAGAUCUCUUGGAAUUCGAGAUAUCGAGAUUCAGGGGUAAUUGUAUGGGUGUAAAGUUUCAUGGUUUUGUCCAGACUUCGUAUUUCAUAGCUAUAUAUGGAUUUCCUCUUAUCACAUUAAAAGAAUGGGAGCUUUUUCAUUAUAAUUUGAUUUCACCGAUUGAUGAAACAACGAAAGAUACAAAAAUUAGUACCACAUGAAUAUUAGUGAUUUCAUGGUAUGCUUUGUUGUAACUAUUAUGAUGUCAGCUUUUCUUGUUUAUUGUAUUGUUGCAAAGUUGUGCAUUUAACAAAAUAAAUGCAAAACUACUGUGGAAAACUGUGUUUCUUGUAGCUUACAGAUUCAUGGUUAUAUUCUUUUGUAUGCUUUGUUGAAUACUCGGAGAAUAUUCGUAUGCCUCCUUCAUCCCACUGUGAAUGCUUUUUAAGGAUAGGUAUAUUUUUUCAUAUAAGAAGAUAAUGUAUUUGUGUAAAUUCAGUUAAAACUAAAAUUGAAAACUCAGUUUUUCUCAGACAAUGCUUUUAAUGUAAAAUGUGCAAGAAUUUAAGGGAAGAAUCAUGGUUGCUGUAAAAUCAUUAAAUAUUGUGGGCAUAAAGUGUCAUUUGAGAGGGCUAGUCUGUGGGGAUAUGACAUUGUUUAUGUUUACUUUUGAAGAUAAAAAGAAUGGAAAUUAUCAUUGGAAUUUCAUUUGAUGUAUUGACGCUAUCACAAAAUCCACAAAACCUAGUCCCAGAUGAAUAUUGAGGAUUUUAUAGUACUGUAAAAGUUUUCGCAAGGUUUUUAUAUUAGUGAAAUUUUUCAAAUGAAACUUCUCGUGAAUUCAUCUGUCUCACUAAAUUUUCUGUCUUAAUAUUAUUAAGUAUCAGAUAUAUAUAUAACUACUGGAAAUUUCCGAUUUCGAUAAGGCAACCUCACGAAUUAAAAAACCUGCGAAAAAAUCGGAAAUCUGAAAAUCAUGAGAAGACACCCCAUGAAAUAUAAGACUUUUACAGAAUGUUAGUUUCAUCUGAUUAUGAACACAUUAGGCUGUUUAAAUUGUGUAGAAGCCAAAAGCCACAUUGCAAACUGGAAUAGCGUAUUAUGUUGUAAUGAAGCUUCAGAACACUCUUCCAAGAAUAACUUUGGGGGAAAUUCAUGUUUUCAUAUGACAUGAUUUCUGGUAUGCACCAACUGUAUAUAUAUAUAUGAGAAAACCAACAUAGUGGCUUUGCGGCCAGCAUGGAUCCAGACCAGCCUGCGCAUCUGCACAGUCUGGGCAGGAUCCAUGCUUUUCGCUUCCAAAGUCUAUUGCAAUUACAGAAACCGUUAGCGAACAGCAUGGAUCCUGAACAGACUGCGCGGAUGCACAGGAUGGUCUGGAUUCAUGCUGGUCGCAAAGCUGCUAUGUUGGUUUUCUCAUGGUGUGGCUCAUAUAUAUAUCUUCAUGUAUGGAAAGACUUAUGAACUGUAUUCUUUCUAACAAUUCAGCAAAAAAAAAAAUCAACAUUACAUUAUAAGGUCCUCUCUCAUUCUUGGCCCUCAGAUGAAACACUUUAUGACUGAAUCUACACAGAGCUUGGUCUGUAACAUCCUUGUUUGAACCUCCUCAAAUUUGUUUGAGUAGGUUUGCUUGACCAUUUUUAAGCCUGUUUGUGAAUGGCUAUGGAGCUAAAAUUAGUCCUAUUAUAUUGCUCAAAUAGAUAUUAAGUGUUUUACAAUGCUUUCACAUUUUAAUCAGUGCUGUCUGAGUUGAAGUUGAAAAUUAAUUUUUAGCUAAAGAUAUGUCCCAAACAAUAUUUUUCUCCACAUCAGAACAAUGUCUGAGAUGGGUUUUUUUUUGUUGGUUGUUAACACUUGCCUGUAUUUAAUUAGAUUAUUGACAGAUAUAAAAGAAACUGUCAAAAUAUUAGAUAUUUUUUUACAUGGACAUGUCAUUUCAAAUUCUGUUAUGGGAAGAUGAUGAGAUGUGGCUUACAUAUGUUAUACAUAAUGUGUGAUAGUUUUUAAGUUUAUUUGUUUUCACCAGUGUCAAAACCAUAUGGGCAGGCUUUGUAUACGUAUACUUAACAACAGCUGUGGUAUUGGCAGUUUCUACUUGCAUGUCUACAAUUUGUUGAAAGGUUGUAUAUUUUUAUUGAAAAAUUGGAAGUCAUGACUUAAUGACAUUUAUCAUGUUCGAAGUCACACAAGUGAAACAAAGCCAUUAUGUAAUUUUGGUUUUAUACUUAGUAUAGUGUAUCAACAUAUUGACAUUGACUUCGUUUUAAGGACAAGAAAAUGUUGUUUGAAUGACAAUAUCUAUUAUAGGUAAAGAAAGAAGGAAUUUUGUUGUGUCAGCAAAAAAAAGCUUACAUUGCAUCAGCAUUUUUUUUUUCAGUUUUUGGGGGAUGGGGCAGGGAAUAUCUCGUCAUAAUGACUAAAAUAGGGGGAAAAUUUCAUUGUUGUAGAAGCAGUAUUUUGCAUUAAUGUGUUCCCAAAAGGAAAAUGAUUUAAAAAUACAUUUCCCAUAAAAGGAAAAGGCAGUGCUGUUUUCAUGAUAAUUCCGUCUGCUAGGGUUUUAUUAACUUACUGACAGGCUUUCCUUGCGCUUUAAGGAAACAUUCAUCACAUUCCAUUAAGGAAACACUCGUCCCAUUAAAGAAACAUUCAUCCCAUUCAGAAAACAUUCAUCCCAUUUAAGAAACACUAAUCCAGCUAAAGAAACACUCGUCUCAUCUGGAAUAUGCUCAUUACAUUUAGGAACAUUCAUUCCAUUCCAUUUAGGAAACACUCAUCCCAUUCAGAAAACACUCAUCCAAUUAAGGAAACACUCAUCCCAUUUAGGAAACUCUUGUCCCAUUAAAGAAACACUGAUCCCUUUCAGGAUACACAUAUCCCAUUCUGGAAACAUUCAUAAUAUCUUGGACAGCAUUAUGAUUAUGUAGAAACCAAUUUUACCCAACUAUGAAAUUGAUUAGUGGAAAGAAAUGGUGCAGCAAUAGGGACCAGGGCUGGGAAGAGGGUGCUUACAAUGGGCACAACCCUGUGGGUUUUAGUUGUCAGAAAGAAUGACUUGACUGGAUGCAGUUUCUUAUGUGCAAUAGAAAUACAUGCAUUAAACUGCUGUUUUGUUGUUUUAGUUUAUUGAGUCUUUUAUUACUUGAAAAUGAAAGUUACAGAUGAUUAACUGUGAAUCAUUAGUAGCACAUACCAAGUUAAUAGUGAUAUGAGGGACCUGUGAGAAUGUGUGGUUAAGGUCAUUGACUUUCACCAAAGAGGGUUUGAAAUCUCACUUGUGGUGUAAAAUUCUGCUUGUGAGGAAGCCAUCAAGCUAGUUUGCAGAAGGUCAAUCAUUCUACCAGGUUCUUUCCUGAAAUAAUACAUGGAUGAACUUGUGGAGUCUUCCUCUACCAUCUUCAUCUGAAAAAGUCACCAUAUGACCUAAAUUGUAUGAAUGGAGAGGGGGGGGGGGGUUGGUUUAAUGAGGUCAAAACACCAGUUUCAUCAGGGCAGUGUUUACAUCAAAACACUUGUUUCAACUGGGCAGUGAUUACAUCAAAACACCAGUUUCCUCUAGGCAGUGUUUACAUCAAAACACCAGCAUCAACUGGGCAGUGUUUACAUUAAAACCAGUUUUCUCUGGGCAGUGUUUACAUCAAAACACCAGCAUCAACUGGGCAGUGUUUACAGCAAAACACCAGUUUCCAACACCAGUUUCAUCUGGACUGUGUUUACAUCAAACACCAGUUUCCUCUAGGCAGUGUUUACAUCAAAACACCAGUUUCAUCUGGGCAGUGUUUACAUUAAAACCAGUUUUCUCUGGGCAGUGUUUACAUCAAAACACCAGCAUCAACUGGGCAGUGUUUACAGCAAAACACCAGUUUCCAACACCAGUUUCAUCUGGACUGUGUUUACAUCAAACACCAGUUUCCUCUGGGCUGUGUUUACAUCAAAACACUAGUUUCCUCUUGGCAGUGUUUAUAUCAGAACACUAGUUUCAACUGGGCAGUGACUACAUCAAAACACCAGUUUCCUCUUGGCAGUGUUUAUAUCAGAACACUAGUUUCAACUGGGCAGUGACUACAUCAAAACACCAGUUUCCUCUUGGCAGUGUUUCUAUCAAAACACUAGUUUCAACCGGACAGUGACUACAUCAAAACACCAGUUUCCUCUUGGCAGUGUUUAUAUCAAAACACUAGUUUCAACUGGGCAGUGAUUACAUCAAUUCACCAGUUUCCUCUGGGCAGUGCUUACAUCAAAACACCACUUUCAACUGGGCAAUGCUUAUAUCAAAACACUGGUUUCCUCUGGGCAGUGUAUAUAUGUCAAAACUAGGCAUUAUGUAUGAAUCAAAACAAUAGGUUCCUCUGAAAAAUAUGUGUUCAAAACCAAUUAUUGCAUUAAUCACGUCAUCUUAAGCUUGGGAUCUAGCUGUACUUUAAUAUAUUUGAUUAUUUGUUGUGACAUAAUGCACACCCUUAGAAAUGACAUGUCGAAUGAUAGCAUACAACUGGAGUGUAUACAAGUCUUAUACUGUCUGGGUGUUGUCAUUUUUAAGCAUUUCUGUCCUUUACAUUCAUGCUUUGAAUCUCAAGGUAGUAAUACAAUACAGCAAUUUUAGAUUUUUCAUUUUCAAUUGUAAAUAUGCUGACUCAUUUAUAUGUAUAAAGUCUCUAAUAUUAAACCUGAAAUAGCAUUUUAUGUAUUUCUUAUGUUAUUUUAUAAGUUCACAUGUCUUCUUAUUGAAAACACCAAUCCCCAUAACUCUGAUUUGAAUUUUGAUAGAGUUAUGCCCCUUUUUAACUUAGAAUAUUUUGGUUUAAGUUUUUGAUAAAGUCAGAUAUCUUUGUUAUUAUCAAAGCUUUUGACUUGAAACUUAAAAUAGUUAUUUACUAUCAAAGUCUACACCAGGAGAAACAAUCUGCAUAACUCUGUUUUUAAACUUUGAAUUUUUUUAUUAAAGUUUUAUAAAAUUUUUACUAGCAGAGCUUUAAUUCAGAGUCAAGCACUGAGAAAAGUUGAGCAUGUGUCUUACAGACAGCUCUUGUUAAAACUAAGCUUACAAGUAUAACAAAAACUGCGCAUUCAGGAAUAUGAAUUUUUGGGAAUAGGUCCAGUUAGAAAAUAUAGCAGAAUUAAAUCCCUCGUGAAAAUGUUUGCUUUUACAGUACUUUGAGUAGAUUGUAUUUUUAGAUAAGUUGAAUUUAGGGAACAAAGAAGGAAAACUUUUAGUAAUGAUGUAUAUAUAUAUCAGAUAUAGUUGUAUAAUUUGUUACAUCCUGUCUCAUUACAUUUCUUAGUAACUGUAAGAAGGAUAUACUUACACCGGUGCCAUUUUAUUGUUUUGUGAUAAUUAUUCUCAAAUUUCAGUAAGUUGUUAUUAAGUUCCUUAUAUUGUGAAACCAUUUAAAUUCCUGGCAACAAAAUUUUGUGGUAUUGGCCAAAAUUUGCAUUUCGUGGGCAUAUGUGAGGUAAAAUGUAUAGGAAUUUUAUUUGUUUAUAGGGAUUAAAUUUCAUGAAUCGAAACUAUCACAAAAUCCAUGAAAAUUGGUCCCCCAUGAAUAUUUGAGCCGUGUCAUGAGAAAAUUAACAUAGUGGCUUUGCGACCAGCAUGGAUCCAGACCAGCCCGCGCAUCCGCGCAGUCUGGUCAGGGUCCAUGCUGUUUGCUUUCAAAAGCUAUUGCAAUUGGAGAAACUGUUAGCGAGCAGCAUGGAUCCUGACCAGACUGUGCGGAUGCUCAGGCUGGUCUGGAUCCAUGCUGGUCACAAAGCCACAAUGUUGAUUUUCUCAUGGCGCGGCUCAUUUAUGUUUUCACUGUAUUACUGAACUUCUGAAUGUUAUACAUUUGUAUGUGUUUGUUGUUGUUUUUUUGUAGCAGACGGCACAAUUAUCUUUGUAAUUCUAAAUGCUCUGCAGUUAAAAAAUGAAUAAAUAUGUUUGUUUCAAAAUAUGUUCUUAAAAAUUCCCAUACCUGAUUUUUUAUGUAGAAAGAUAUGGGAAAAAUGAUGUUUUUCUGUCUUUUAAUAUUUCAGGCUGAUAGUAUGUGUUCAGUGCAUUGUUGAAAAAUUUACCGCCACACAAAUGAUUCCUUUAGCGUGAUCUUUAAAUUUUUAAAAAUGAAACCAAAUAAAAAAAAUCUUGUGACAGUAUUUGUGAAUCAGACUGUAGUUUCUUGAUGCCCUAUAAAACAUCGAAAUUUUAUCAACAGAAGUGCAGCAUUACAUCUGUCAUAUUUAAUCUGCCUAAAAUGUUACAUACAUAUAUCACAGAAAAGGGAAGUAGCUGCAUAUAUGUAAAUAUUGCAUAUCACAAAAAACGGGAAGUUACUUUGUUAUUGUGAAGGAAAACAUCUAUGUAAAUAUUGUAUAUCACAGCUAAGGGGAAGCAGCUUUGUAAAUAGUAUGUAUCGCUGCAAAGGAGAAGCUUCAAAGCUACUUUGUCAUUAAUAUUUGUUGAGCCUGCUGGCGGUGAGCUUGACAUAGUUGUCACACUGGCGGUUCGGUGUAUGUGCAUGCGUGCGUGCAUCUGUCCAUCCGAGUUUGUCCGGGCUGUAACUUAUCCAUGGAUCAAGGGAUUCUUAAAUAACUCGGCACAUUUGUUUGCCUCAAUGACACGAUGUCGCGUGCAAGAACAGAUUGGUAGCUUAAAGGUCAAGGUCAUACUUCGAGGUCAAAGGUCAAAACUCGGUGCUGUUUUGCUUGUCUGUGCUGUAACUCAGCCAUGGAUUGAGAGAUUCUUAAAUACUUUGGCACAAAUGUUUACCUGGAUAAAAUGAUGUGUUAUAUGCAACAACCAGAUUGGUAGCUUAAAGGUCAAGGUCAUACUCUGGGCUGUAACUCAGCUAUGGAUUGAGGGUUUCUUAAAUAACUUGGCACAAUUGUUUGCCUCAAUGAGACAAUCUGUCAGGCAUAAGUAGUUGAAAGAUCAAGGUCACACCUAGGGGUCAAAGGUCAAAAGUUGAUGCAGUUUCUCUUGUUUGGGCUGUAACUUAGCCACGGAUGGAGAUGUUCUUAAAUAACUUAACAGAAAUGUUUGCCGCAAUUAGUUCUGUCGCCAUCAAAUAGUAUCAUAAUGUUAGUCCUUUUGACAGCUGGCGGGCUCGACAUGUUGCCUGUUGGCAUCUAGUUAUCACAAUAAUGAUAAAAACUAUGUAAAAAUACUAUUUAUUGCUGUAAAGGGAAGAACUAUAUAUUUAAUAUGUUUCACAGAAAAGGGAAGUAACUUGCAGGUUACUGCUUAUUACUUUGUUUAUUUGUUGUGAAAGAAAAUGAACAUAUUUUAUAUAAAAUCUGUCACUGUCAUACUAGAAUAAAUGUAUUUUUGAUAACAACCUUUAAACAUUUUUGUUGAAUUGCUCAUGAAAGUGGAGCACUACAUUUGCUCUUUCUUAAUAUUACUUUAUUCAAGCUGAAAGAUGUUUGCAUACAAAUUAAUUCAUAGGCAGUACUUCAUUAUUUUGCUGUAACUGUGAUUUAAUCCUACUGGACUGCAUUUUUGGUAUACUGCCGCACACUGAUAAAGGGGAAGUAACUGUGUAGAUACUUUAUUCAGUUAAACAAAUACUAUAUUCCAGUAAGCACCCUUUCUGUGCUGAAGUCAAGUACUGAAUAAUGAUGCACUAUGGUUGAUCCAUCUACAGAUAACAGUGGGGAGAAUGCCUUUACCUGUAGGCUGUAGCUAACUUCUUUUCAUAUGUUGUUUGGCCAAUCAAAUAUGUGGUUUAUGCGGUACUGGUAUGUGUGACCUUAAACUUAGAAACAAAGUUUUCUAGUCAACAUUUGGAGGAGAAUUAUGGGUGAAUGGUGGUGUGUGUGCUAACAAGUCAAAGCAGAAGGUUACAGCAUAGUUCUUGAUACUGAAAAUGGUUUCUAGUCAAAAGCUGAAGAGUGAUUCCAACCUACUGAUAGAAUUCAUUGAAAGAUUCAGUAGAAAGUCUCAAAUCAUUUUUAUGUAGUUUGGGCAAAAGCUUAUGCCAAGUUUGCCAAUCAACUGAAAUGAUUUGAUUUGGUGAUAUUAGGUCAUUAGUUGACAUUUAAUGAUUCAAGGGUCAAGGUCAAGGUCAUAGUCACCUUGAAAAGUUUUCUGACUGGUCAGACUUACUACAAUUGUUAACUUUGUUUACUAAUUGGUAUUUUAAUUAUGGUGUCAUUGGUUCCUAGGGUUACAGAUACAUUUGAUUAAUAGAUUUUUUUCAGCAUACAUUAUAGUUAUACUCCCAGCCAUUCCACUGGAUUUGAGCAGGAAGGUCUAAUACGAUAAUCAUUCCAGAUUCAAGGUUAUAAAAGUUGGAAGACCAGUCUCAGAAAACAGCAUUUCCAUGCUCAAAGCAACCAAUCAGAUGCUUGAUUUUUAGACUGGUUUCAAAACUCCAUAUUAUAACAUUGAGUCCUUGGAAGGAAUUUGAGACUAAAUAAAACGAAGUUGGAAGACCAGUCUCAGAAAGCAGCAUUUCCAUGGUCAAAGCAACCAGUCAGAUGCUCGAGUUUUUAGACUGGUUUCAAAACUCAGUUUUAUAACCUCUUACCCAUUUAAGAAAUUUGAGACUGAAUUUUUGAGUUGAGGAAAAUGUCAACUAAGUAACAAUAAAACUAGGUCAGCACUUGUAUUUUUAUCAAUGAUAUGAAGAUCAUAGUCAUAAAGUCAUUAUAUUCACACUAAGAGACUUAAUUUCUACACAACAUAUAUAAUGAAACUUUUAAAUGAAACAUAAGUAUGCUUUAUUUAGUUUGUUUUUGUUUAUUAAAUUUAGUUUGUCUCUUAGGAAAUGGAACUACAUUUAGAUUGGUUUUAUUUGGUGGAACAUUUAUGGAUGUGUUUUUCUAUUACAUUUAAACAUUAUAUUCACUAAUGCAUUGGACUGGCUAUAUUUUAUAUUUUCUGCAAUUUUGUUUGACAAAUAUUUGUUAUUGUUUUCUUUGUUUUAUGACAGAAAGUUUGAUACACUUCUGUCAAACCAUUGUCAGUUUAUCACAUUGAUUUUAACCAGAGUUAUGAAAUAAAAAGUUUAUCUACUG